AUGAAACACAAACACAAAACGAGAAAACCUUGUAAACUGCUAAGGCAGUUGGGUUGCUCCAGCCAGGGGCAACAACAACGACAAAGACGACAGCAGCUACAACAAUUAAGUUUACAAAUUAUUCUAUUAAUAUGGUUAACACCAUAUAUUUGGUCAACGGGUGUGGCAGGACAAGCAACAGCAACGAAUUUACAAGCCAACAAUAGCUCUGGCAAUUCUACUCUCCCUUAUGCGAGAGAGUCAUCUCCUCCACAUCAGCAUCAUGGAGCAAAUGUAAAUGUAAUAAAAGAGAAUUUACGUUUACAAUUACAAGAAACAACAAAUCAAGCUGACAACAACAGCAGUAGCAGCAAAAACAAUGGUACUGGGAGUAAAACUGCAGACAUGGGUAGGGGUGAGGUAACUGGUGUUCUGACCACCACCAGCAUCAGCAGCAGUGGUGGUGUUAGUGGCAUCAGUCAUGGCUGGUUUAACUCAAGUACCAGCCGGGCGGAUAAAAACAUUGUUAAGGACAUGGCUGGCAAAACUUAUGUCAACAAGCAUCCCCUCUACCCGCCUAGCUCUCUUCGAGGACUCUCCUUGAGUGGCGAACAAAAUGAGAGUGCAAUGUCAGCAACAGCAUUCCAAGCCAACCGGCCAACAAUUACAAAUGUUGCCAAAGAAAAUGCAUCAAAGCAAGGCCACAAAGGCGCUGGCAUUCCGGGGCACUUACCUGCAGCAGCAGCAGUCAUGGCGGAAGAGAAUCAAGACAAUUUAUCCAAGGAAAUCCUAGUGGAAAAUCAACAAAACAGUGACAAUAGUCAACAAUGGAUGACAAUGCGGGCGAUUUCUUCUGUGGCAGGUCUGGGGUUGGAUGUCUCAAAGCAAAUGCGGAAAAAAUUUGCUGAUGCUCAGAAGAAGGGGGAGGGGAGUAAGGAUGCAAAAAAUAUCUCCCCGAUGAGGGGUUAUAAUUUAAUGGCAUCCCCAACGAAGACAUUGGGAAAUUUGGGUAAUUCCAUGGAAAAUUUGGAAAAUUUUACGAAGGACAUGAACAAAAUUCCGCAAGCAGGAGACAGGGCCAGGAGAGCACAACAAGUUUUAUUAUCCUUGGAGGAAGUAAUACCUGAAAAUCAUCCGAAAAUAAAUGAGGAGGUCCACAGCAAGAAAAAUCCCUUUCAGGAGCAAAAAGCAAAAACUGAGAACAACAGUUUUCCCCUGGGCACCUCCGGAAAAAAUCCACCAAGUAACAUCCUGGCCUCCCCUCUCAUGGAGGCGGGAAAUUCGUCUCAGAAUACCAUCGACUUGCAAAAUGUUCAACAAGGCCACCCGGCCAAAGUUUUUAACAAACCAGACGAGACAAAAGUUACUUUUAAUCCUUUAGAGAAGACAACAACAUUGCAAUUAAAUCCUUUAAAGGAUAAUUUAAUUAAUAAUGGAGAAGCUGUAAAAAAUACGGCAACACCAUGGGGAGGGCAGUCAACAAAUAAAGGAUUAGUUAAUAAAAAUAGCAAGGAUAUGCGGGACAAGGAAAAUGGAAAAUUAUUUUUCAAAGAAAGUGAGGAAGAAAAGGAUAAUUUCUCAACUGGAAUUAGAGAGGAAAAAAUGUCGCCAGAGGAGCAAAAAUUUAGGGGCAAGGAGGCGGAAUUUAAAUCCUUAAAAAAUUGGAAAAAUUACCCGGAUGCAGUUAAGCAAAAAUCUGAAGGGAGUCAGGGAAAGGAGACGGAAAAAAUGUUGCAACAGGAGGAAAAAAUCGGGAGCAAGGAGGUGGAAUUAAAAUCCUUGAAAAAUUCGAAAAAUCACCCGGAUGCAGUGAAGCAAAAAUCUGAAGAGAGUCAGGGAAAGGAGGCGGAAUUUAAAUCCUUAAAAAAUUGGAAAAAUCACCUGGAUGUAGUUAAUCAAGAAUCUGAAGAAAGUCACAGCAAAUGUCAGCCUAAUGGAGAGGGAUGUGGGAGUUCAAGUGAGGGGGACACUGGAGAGGAAAGGAAAUCCGAAAAUCAAGCCAUUUUUGGGGUCAAUGGGAAGCAGAGUCGUCUCACACUCUCAGGGGAGAGUAAGGACUCCCUAGACAAUGAAGAACUCAGUCAAAACUCUCUCGUCGGGGGCAAGGAGGCGGAAUUUGAAUCCCUAAAAAAUUGGAAAAAUCACCCGGAUGCAGUUAAACAAAAAUCUGAAGAGAAUCAGAGCAAAUGUCAGCCUAAUGGGGAAGGAUGUGGAAAUUUUAGUUCAGAGGACGAAGGAGAGGAAAGAAAAUCUGAAAAUCAGGCCAAUUUUGGGGUCAAUAGGAAGCAGCGUCAUCUCUCAAUAUCGGGGGAGAGUAGGGACUCCAAAACCAAUGGAGAACUCAGUCAAAACUCUCCCGAUCCCAAAAUUCCCAAAACGGAAAACGAAAAUGCAUUUCGCGAAGCCAAGAGAGAAAGAGAGCAACAAACAUUCCAACUUUCGUCUUUAAAUCUCAACAGAGGAAAGGAAAAUAAUCCGCAGCAAAUGCCUGUGAAUAUCACUAGGAACCCGCCCAAAUUUGGAGAGUCGGAAAGGUUGAAAUUAAAUCGCCAUACAGAUCUGGAGUCUCAGAGAGGACAAAAAACAAUGUUUUUGGGCAAUGAAAGGAAACACCCAGACUCACAUGAAGCAGACACAAAUUCCCCUCAAAUUUUAAAAAGAGAGGGAGAGAGAAAGUCUCCUAAAAGUUCAUCUAUGGAUCUCAAUAAAAUGAGAGCAACUAAUGGAGAACAAAUGCCAGAGAGAACCAUGGAAAAUUCUCUCAAAGUUGAAGUAACGAAUUCGAAGGCUGAGAGAGCAGAAGAUUCCAAAGUUUUGGUCGAUGGGGAGGAGAGACCAACCACAAUAUUAGAAGAGAGUAGGAGGUCCCCGAGAAACAAAGACCCCAGCCAGGACUCAGGAGAGCAAGAGAAACAGAAACCUUUAGACACCGAUAUAGCAAAAGUUGAUGCAUUUAGAGAUCAGAGUUUCAAGGAAGACCAUCAACCUCGAAUAGUGGACGAUGUGGACAUGAAGGACAUUCAAAAUGCCGGUGUAGGGCUCGAUGUUCCCAAGAAAUUUUCGCAAGAAGAAAAAAUUAAACUUACCUCUGAUGCAGGAGACAUUUCUGCAGUGGAGAGUAAAGGGUCAAAUGGCAACAGUGAAGAGAGUAAAGCUAAUAUUCUCACCGGAGAAGUUGAGCGAAAAUAUCCUAUGAAUACCCAGCUGAUUAUGGCGAUUUCCAGAGAGAAAAAGGGACAGAGAACAGAAGAUGCUGAGGCAACAAAUCAAGAAAUAAUUGAAGAUGAGAUCCUAAAGGAAGACCAGAAAAAAGUCACUCGACCUCGAAUGGCUCACCAUAUGGCCUUGAAGAGAAUUCAAACAGGCGGAUCUGGGCGAAAGGUUCCCGAGAGCAUUUUUCAAGAAAAGGAAGAGGCUAUAAAUUCUGAUAUUGAAGAAUUUUCUACAGAGAAGACGAAAGAGAUCAGUGAGAGCAAAAGAGAGAAUAGUAAAGAGAAAGGGGAGAACGUUAUUAAUAAGGUGGAGAGAGAACGUCUUGGAAAUGCCGAGAUAGUAAAGAGAGCUAAUAGAGAAUCCAGCAGAGAAAAUGGUAACACUCAUAAGGGAAAUGAAGAAAAAUCGAUUAUAGAGAGUACCGUAGGGAGAAACGAGAUUAAGAGCAGAGUUCACCAUGAAAAGGCAGAAAAUUGUUCUGAGAGAAGUGAAGAGAGUUCUAAACUCAAAAGUGAUCGUUUGAAUAUUCCACAGCAAAAUGAAUUCCCAGCAACGAGAGACGUCGAUCAGAGCAAUGAAGAGGCUGUGAAUUUCAAAACUAAGGGCAAAAGGAAGACAUUGCCUGAGGAAAUUUUAUCGGCAGAAAAUCGGAGGCUCUCAAAUGGAUAUGAAGACCCCAGCUCAUUGGCUGCACAGGAAUUCGAAAGUCUCCUCAAGGAUUUGGACAUUUUGAAGACCCAAGAAAAUCAAAUGGAAAAAGAGUUGGAAAAUUUUCAAUCAAAAGAAAAACAAAUGGAAAAUCGAAUGAAGGUUUUUCAAAAUUUUACAGAAUUUCCAAAGGAUGCUGAGGAGGAAAAUUUGGAGCGGAAUUUUAGAGGAAAUCUACAUAGUUCAGGUAAUAAAAUUCUCGGCGAUAAUAUUGACGCCAAGAAAAAUUUAAAGAAAAAUGAAAUUGAAAUCAAAAAAUUUGUGGAAAUUGCAGAUGGCCACAAGGAUACGCCUAAAGAUUCCAGAAGUGAUGCUCAGAAUUUAAUGGAAAUUUCAAAUGAAUUUGAAGGCAAUCAAGGAACCCUAAGACGGGACGGCAAUUUGAUCACAAAUUCUAUUGCUCCAGCCUCUGGAUAUCUUAGGAGCAAAAUUAGGCAACAGGAUAUUAGCAAGGAUAAUGAAAGUAUAUCCCUGAAUGUCCCAGAAAUUUCUAGUGACUUUGAAGGAUAUCAAAAGAGGAAGAAUCUGGAGGAAAAUUCCAAUAAAAACCGAAUAUUAAAGACUUCAACCUCCGAACAUCCAAGUAGCAAAACUAUGCACCAGGAUAUUAGAAAGGAUAAUGAAAGCCUUAUAUCCUUGAAUUCAACAGAAAUUCCCAACGGCUUUGAGAGAUUUGAAAAUAAUAAAAACUUUGAAGGCGAUGCGAUUAAAAAAUCAAUUUCUUCCCUCCACAAAAAUCCCAAGGAUUCCCACAAGGACACCGUUAAGGAUAAUGAAAAUAUGUCCCUGAAUUCCCCAGAAAUUUCCAAAGACUUUGAGAGAUCGCAAAAUAACAAGGAUUUGAAGGAAGAUGCGAUUAAAAAAUCAAUAUCUCACCUCCACAAAAAUCCCAGGGAUUCCCACAAGGACACCGCUAAGGAUAAUGAAAAGCUUAUAUCCUUGGAUUCUGCAGACAUUUCUAAUGGCUUUCAGAGAUUUCAAAACAACAUGGAUUUGAAAGGCGAUGCGAAUAAAAAAUCAAUACCUCACCUCCACAAAAAUCCCAGGGACUCCCACAAGGACACCGUUAAGGAUAAUGAAAAGCUUGUACCCUUUAAUCUUAAAGAAGUGCCUGAUGACUUUGAGAUAUUUCAAAAUAACAAGGAUUCGAAUAAAAACACAAAAUCUUCCCUUCCCAAAAAUCCCAGGGACUCCCACAAGGACACAGUUAAGGAUAAUGAAAAGCUUAUAUCCUUGAAUUUUACAAAAAAUUCUAAUGGCUUUCACAGAUUUCAAAAUAACAAGAAUUUGGAAGGCAAUCCGAAUAAAAAAUCAAUAUCUUCCUUCCACAAAAAUCCCAGGGAUUCACACAAGGACACCGAUUCCCACAAGGACACCGUUAAGGAUAAUGAAAAUUUAUCCUUGAAUUCUGCAGAAAAUUCUAAUGGCUUUCAGAGAUUUCAAAACAACAUGUAUUUGAAAGGCGAUGCGAUUAAAAAAUCAAUAUCUCACCUCCACAAAAAUCCCAGGGAUUCACACAAGGACACAGUUAAGGAUAAUGAAAAUAUGUCCCUGAAUUCCACAGAAAUUUCUAAAGACUUUGAGAGAUCACAAAAUAGCAAGGAUUUGAAGGAAGAUGCGAAUAAAAAAUCAAUAUCUCACCUCCACAAAAAUCCCAGGGACUCCCACAAGGACACCGCUAAGGAUAAUGAAAAGCCUAUAUCCUUGAAUUUUUCAGAGAUUUCCAAUGAAUUUGAGAUAUUUCAAAAUAACAAUGAUUCGAAUAAAAAAUCAGUAUCUGCCCUCCACAAAAAUCCCAAGAAUUCCCACCAGGACACCGUUAAGGAUAAUGAAAAUAUAUCCUCGAUUUCUACAGAGAUUUCCAAUGGCUUUGAGAGAUUUCCAAAUAGCAAGAAUUUGGAAGGCAAAUCGAAUAAAAAAUCAGUAUCUGCCCUCCACAAAAAUCCCAAGGAUUCCCACCAGGACACCGUUAAGGAUAAUGAAAAUAUAUCCUUGAUUUCUACAGAGAUUUCCAAAGACUUGGAAAUAUUUCAAAAUAACAAGGAUUUGGAAGGUGAUUCGAAUAAAAAAUCAAUAGAUUCCCUCCGCAAAAAUCCCAAGGAUUAUCACAAGGAUAAUAAAAAGGAUAAGGAUAAUGAAAACCGGAAUCCAAAUUUCGAGGAAAAUCCAAAUAAAUUUGAAUUUUUUCAACGAAACAAACGUUUGGAGAAUAAAUCCAGCAAAAAAAUGGCUUCCCCUCCAACCACAAAUUUGGGUGACCAAAUCAGUCCUCAGGACCCUUCUCGAAGUGAAAAAAAUUCCACCACUGCCGAUGAAAAUAAUUUGACCAAAUUUUUCAAUUCCUUGGAAAAUUCGAAUGCCGGAAAAUUUCCUCUGAAAAAUGCCAAAGAAAUCCAAUUGCCCUUGGAAAAUUCCAGUGAAAUAAAAUUGGUCUCGGGAAAUUCACGUCCCAGUGAAGUUCAAAUGCCUUUGGAAAAUUCCAGUAAAAUAAAGUUUCCCUUGGAAAAUUCCACUGAAACAAAAUCUACCACCGAAAAAAUGCUCCCCGAAUUGCAUUUCCCAGUGAAUUUUCCUCAAGCCAAUGAAAAUUCCCUACGCAAUCAGAUAACUUCUUCUGCCACCAUUAUCGACAAUUCCACAUGGCUGGCUACGAAUUUUCCAAAUCAAAUUGAAAAUGAAAAUAAUUUUUUAAACAAUGGCCUUCGCAUUAAUAACUCGGAGAAUUUUGCCAACUCAUCAGUGGCAGCAGCAGUAGCAGCAACAAAAACAACAAUGGACACAUUAAAAUUUAACUCUUCAUUAAUCAGGAAAAACAUGGAAAACAGUAAAAAUCUUCGCCCCACCCUGGCCACAAUGGAUAUUUUCAAGGAUACCCGAAAAAAAUUUGCCAAUGAAAAGCAUGGGGAAAAACUAUUAACUUUUCCAACAAAUUCAAGUGGAAAAAUCAACACUUCAACAAUUUCCUCACCCUCUCCUGCUGCUCCUUUAGUUGCUGACAAAAACAGCACCAUGGCUCCUCCUUUAGUUGCUGGCAAAAACAGCUCCAUGGCACCACCCCCUCCGCUUCCCACUUCUGGGCCAAUAGUGGUCAACAAAUUACCGCUAAUAAGUAAUAAAACAAAAUUUAUUGAAAAUACAACAACAAUUCCGAAUUCUCCAACAAUAACCCAUAAUCUGGCCGGGGAAGAAAACGAAGAGGCAACAACAUUUUCGGAUAAUUUAUCUACUAUGAAAUUAAGCAUCGAUGAUUCCUUCAUUACCCCACCUCCCGGUAACCUAACAAUGCAGGAUAUUACAUCCUGGCUGCUAUCGACAAUAACCCCCACCCUAAUGCCCAUGUUCUCCACCACGACAUAUCCAAGGAUACUCAAUGCAUUUUCCAAUACCCCCUCUCUCUCCGGCUCCAUUUCUCUCUCCGGUGGCAUUUCUACAAUGCCAAGCCACACAGGCUCCAUGACAACCACCAUGUUACCCACCACCACCCCCGCCUCGACCUGGCCCGUCAAACAUGCCUCGGUCAUGGAGGGCGAUGUAAUACUGGGCGGUCUAAUGAUGGUCCACUCACGCGAGGAUAGCAUUACCUGUGGUCCCAUUAUGCCCCAGGGUGGCAUACAGGCCCUGGAAGCCAUGCUCUAUACACUGGAUCGUGUUAACCAACAACAAUUGCUGCCGAACAUCACGUUGGGCGCCCACAUUUUGGAUGAUUGCGAUAAGGAUACUUAUGGGCUGGAAAUGGCUGUUGAUUUUAUCAAAGAAACUCCCAAUAACAAUGAAAAAACUUUUGCCACACGUAUCUGUGGUAAAGUUUAA